AUGGCGCGGCCGGCGGCCGGCCGGCAGCCGCGCCCGGGGCCGGCGCCGCCGCUGCGGCUGCUCCUGCUGCUGGGUGUCCUCCUGCUGCGCGGUGGAGCGGCGGCGGCGGCCGAGCCGUGCCAGGCGCCGCGGCAGUGGGAAGGGCGCACCGUGUUCUACGAGCACGGCUCGGGCCGCAACACGCGGGCCGCCGUCUCCUACGACGGCCCCAACCAGCGCGUCCGGAUCCUGGAGGAGAGGAAGGCGCUCAUCCCCUGCAAGAAGUUCUUUGAGUAUAUAUUGCUCUACAAAGAUGCAGUGAUGUUUCAGAUUGAACAAGUUACAAAGCUUUGUUCAAAGAUUGCUCUGACAGAGCCAUGGGAUCCAUAUGAUAUCCCUGCCAAUUCAACUUAUGAAGACCAGUACUACAUUGGGGGACCUGGAGAUGAAGUUAUGGUACAGGAAUGGUCUGACAGAAAACCAGCCAGGAAAUUGGAAUCCUGGGUCGGCGUUUACACCGUCAAAGACUGUUACCCAGUACAGGAAACCUACACCAAGAACUACAGCGUGACAACCUCCACUCGCUUCUUUGACAUCCACCCGGGCAUCGCAGACCCGUCCGUGUUCACCCCACCCCCCACCUGCCAGACAGCCCAGCUGACAAGGAUGAAAGAUGAAUGCUGAGUAUGGACACUGGCUGCCCUGGGCAAACACAUAUUAGCCAAGAGGAUGGUUAUUAGUAGUCAGUUGUUGACACCUAAGAUGGUUUUUCAGGCUAAUUGCUCUCUUUGGAAUUUGUAAUUUUUCACUUGAGAGAGAAUAUAAGCAUAUAACUGAGUAAAAUAUAUAAAACAAAAGAUAUCUUUCGAUCACAAUCUGUUCAGUGAUGCACUUGCAGUAUUAUAUAGUUACCAUUAAGAUAACAUUUCUAGAUACUAUUUAUUUAAAGUUGAUUUUCCUUUUGCAAAGAUUUCAUUAUUUAUUUUUUCAAGAAGACAAAGUAUAGGCAGAUAGCAGCAAUGGUACUGUCUAGAAGAAAAAGCUAAAUUUUGUUGUCAUUGUUGUUGUUACUUCUGGAGACUUGAAGGGAAAGAUGACCUGCGUACCUAAGUGAAAAUAUAAUUUUAAACUAUAUGCAUCAAAAUUGUGUAAAUUUGUUCUUUUGGUUUUAUUUUAUUUUGUGUUCUGAUUUUUCUUUUUUCUUUUUUUUUUUCUGCUCUUCAAGAAGCUGGUACUCAAUUUUUGAGCUAAGUUUUGUUCUUUCUGAAAAGAAACUGGAGUAGCUUUAUUCAUGUAAUGCUUGCUGACAUGCAAAAAAUACUUUUCUGUUUCUUGGGAGAAUGGUGUGAAUGGAAGGGUAGGAGGGAGAGAUACACCUUGGAAAAUAAGUAAGCCAAAGUUUUUUCUGCAUCUCCCUUUUGGAGAAGGCUUCCAGUAGGGUGUGAUUAACAAUUUUCAGUCACAUUUUACUUCAGCACUCACUUUUCAAGGCAAUACUAUUUUUAACCUAUGGAAAGGGAUAAAACGGUACUACACUCUAAACAGCUUUAAUGUUUUGUAACUACUUUCAACAGUCUUUACUCAGGGUGUGGAAACACCUUCAUAAUUCCAGGGAGGUUUGAAAAAGGAAAAGCUUUUCUUUGUGCAUAGUAAGGAAACGCUGAAUCAGCAUUCACACAGUUCCUGGUGGUUGGGAUGGAGAGAAAGACAGAACCUGUGACCUGUGUAGAGAGGCAGGAGGGAGGAAUGGGAGGCACAGAUCUUAGAUGUGUAGUGUGGUAGUGAGGCACUACAAUCUAAGCAGAUCCACUGAUGCCUGUUUUAUUUGCUGUUUCAUCAGCAUCUCAAUCUUAUUAUCUCCACAUAAACAAAAAAGUGCAGAGAGUGCAUGUAUUUUGCAUUAGAAAAUUCAAACCAAACCUUCAUGCACCUUGGAUACUCUCAGAAGUGUGAUGGGUUUUGCACGUUUACCAAAUGAGAUUAACUGGUUUAUUCUGUAAGGUGUGCAUUUUAUUUACUACUUGCAAAAAAAUUUAAACACAGAUUCUUGUCCUCUUACACAUAUUGGGUAGUUGUUUGCUCCAGAAGUCAUCUGGCUGUAAAGAAUCUGUAAAGGGAUGUAAACAAAGGGGAGUUUGGUGUGUCCAGAGGAGAGAUGGUGGGCAGGCUUUUAGUGCUUUAUAUACUCAUAGCUUUUUGUACGUAAGCAAGUGGGACAGUGGUUGCUUUUCUUUCACAGUUGUGGUCACAAUGGCAUUUUACUUUGCCCCAUGCCUAAUGAAAACACAUAUACAUACUGAUUAAAAUUUAGCUAGUUCAUUAAAAAUUUCUCUUGGAGAGGACCAUUUCACUGAAAUGCGCUAGUGGAAGGAAGGAUUGGGUUUCCUUGAAUUUAGAGUGCAUUUAUUCUGUACUCGCCUUCUGUAUUUUUUGUGUCACACUCUAAAUGCUAACUGCAUAUUGUUCUCAUUAGGACAAUGAUUAGCAUUCAUUUCUUAAUAUGUGUCCUGUUAGAAUCUGGAAAAUAUAAUAAAUCUGGCUAGCAAGCAUGAA